AUGACUACGUUCGCGCCCUCGAGUUUCCCAGCAGACGUCGCCGAAGCCCCCCACCAAGACUUUCCCCCACCACAGCAUCUCCAACACGGACCCUUCUCUCACCAGCUGAGCCCGCCCAAAUCAACCUACACGUCGAGUAACCCCCAAAUAUCACGAAGAGGCUCGCGCGACCUCCGACACCAAGGCUCCAACGGCGCAAUGGCGGGUGCGAACGGUAACGGGCCCAUGGCAGUGCCAGGCGGCCGUAUCAAUGGACAACAAGGCAAUGGAGCCAACCUGCGCGAGAUGGGCUUUGGCGGCCCCCGCAGCCCGCCAAACAACAAGAACACUUCGCAUGUUCCCUGCAAAUUCUACCGACAAGGCGCGUGCCAGGCUGGAAAAGCGUGUCCGUUCCUGCACUCCGACGAGCCGCUGACGGAACGCGCACCCUGCAAAUACUUCACAAAGGGAAAUUGCAAGUUCGGCCAGAAAUGCGCCCUCGCCCAUAUCCUUCCCAAUGGCCAUGUCGUGAACCGCGGAAACGCCGGUGGUCACUUUGGGCGCAUGAACAUACCACACCACCAAGAACCUCCUAUGACUAGCUCUCUGCUCACCAUGCAGGCACAUUUAGGUGGGAUGCAGCCAACAUACCCAUAUGGUAUGCAAGACGAGUACGCCAACCAGAAGAACCAGUACGACAUGAUCCCGACUAUCGACACUACCUUCUCGUCCCAUGCGGGAUCCAACUUCGGCUCGCCACCAAACGAGAACGGUCGGCUACCCUUGUCGCCAGCACAAAAGGGUCUCAGUGUUAUGGAUGUUCCACUUCCAGCAUCCUUCGACAGUCAAGGCAUUUCCCACAUGGCGCGAUAUGGCCCCAUUGCUUCCUCUGUACCAGCAACCUUCCUUGCCAACUCUCCACCUUCUUCGUACCAAGCCGACUCGUCUGCGCUCCGAAACCUACACGACUCGGCAUUUGGGGAUGGGAUGCGGAAUAGGGCCGCAGCACUAGGCUCGUCUCCACCAGAGUCUAUUGAGCAGCCAGUCGGACGGAGAAUGUUGCAUUCAGAGCUAGCUGCAAACCGGUCCAGAGGGGGCAUGCUGUCUUCAAGUGUCGGUGCGCGACCAACCUACAAGGACGAAGAGUGGGACGAUACGGACAUGAUUGGCAAGUUCGAGGAGGAUCUGCUCCCCAACUCGCUCAGUGACCUUUUGACUCCCCAGGAGAAGAUGCGUCGCUUCUCACGCGACCAAGGCGAUGCCGGGACCCCUCUUUCUCGGCUAGGGGCUUCACCACCAGCCUCAGAUGUCAAGGUUGGAUCCCCCUCGGGGGCCACCUCAUCACCUUCGCGCUUUCAGUCUCUGUGGGGCAAGUCGCGGGGUCCUACGUAUGAUUCAGGAUUCGAGUCUGGCUCACUCCCUGGAGCAUCGGCUUUCGGUCAUGUUGGCUCUCCGCUCCGCAACUCGACUCUGCAUCCUGGCGCCAGUCCCUCCUUGCGCGCCAUAAAUCGGCCAAUCUCAGGCGACACAAGCCCCUUCGUUUCCUCACCUCCACGACAGGCCUCUAUGGGUAUGCUUAGUCAUCAGUUGCAGCGAACUCGUCUCUCGUCUCGUGAAGAAGGCGGCAUGACUAGCAAUCCGAUGCACCCCGGAAUCAACCGCGUAACCUCAGGAUCCAGCAUUGGAAGCUCCAACGGACGUCUUGGUCUAGAUCGAGCUGUUAGCAGCAGCAGCAUCAGCCGAGAGAGGAUUGAGGAAGAGCAAGGCUUGUUCAGUAUGGAGGAAGAGGAGGACCUUAACAAGAGCAAGGAUGGCGCUUCUACGACCUCGAGCACCAGCAAUAAGCGCCUCAGUGGUCUAUCUUGGGGUAGUGGAGGUGGCAAGGGAAGCCCGAACCUGGCGCCUGUUGGUGGUCACCGGGCCACUACAAUUUCCGGGCUCGGGAGGGAGACUGGGCCGUGGAGUAGUAACGCUUAA